GCUCGCCCUCUCAGCUGGCUUGCAAUGUGUCGAGCCGGACUGGAGGAGGCCCCCGGGUGCCCGGAUGUCUAUCCAAAUUAGUGUAGGACUGAGCUAGCAGAGGGAGGGAGAGGGAGGCGUUACAGCCGAGGAAGCAGCAGUCUUUGGGGAGAAAGGAAGGGGGCGCGUAAAAGUGGGAUUUCUGAGCCAGGGGCGCAAAGCGCAGCAGCAAAUGGACAGGAAGUUUUUGGGUGGCGGAGGGUAGGGCAAGGGCGAAGAAAGCCUUCCGAUGGCCAGGAGACGGUCGGCUUGCUAAACUUAACUAUGGCUGCCCAGUCAAGCUUGUACAAUGAAGAGAGAAAUUUGCUCCGCAUCCAAGCAAAAGAGAGGAGGAAUCAGGAAGCUCACCAGGAGAAAGAAUCAUUCCCUGCUGAUAUCCCUCUCUUUGGAGAACCUUACAAGAACAACAAAGCAGAUGAGCUAUCCAGCCGGAUUCAGAAGAUGUUUGGCAAUUAUGAAGAGAUGAAGGAGCUUAUCGCCAUCAAGUCUCAGCAAGAUUUCAUAGGGAUCCCCACAAGCGUCAUGUCUCUGAUCCCUCAGCGCAAGCCAGAUCGUCCACUCUUGCCUGAAAAGACCAGCAGCGUGGUACCUGCCUCAUUCCAGAAUGGUAGCCAUCACCGCAAGCCCUUGGGACCCAUUGCUUCAGGUGCUCCCUCUGCGGGCAGCUCUCUGCACCACCAAAAAAUUCACUCAAGGAUAGAACCGGCCUCACAAAGUGGUGGGCUGCCCAGCAACCAGAGACGAAGUCAAGAGCAGAGCCGCAAGACUCAAGAAGGCCAGAACAGCAGAAGCCAGAAGAAGAAUGAAAGAUGCAUUGAAGAAGCCCGCAAGCUGCAGCCCUCCCUUUUGGAACUUUCUCCCUUGCUGUCCUCGUUGUCUUCCCCUGUAGCACCCUUGUCGCCUCUACAUUCCAGCCAACGUGUCAAUUCCAGGUCUCUCGGCAGCAUCAAGAAAAACCAUGGGCAGAAUAGCUCCCCUUCUCUGGAGCUGGUGGCUGGAACGCGUGAGAAUGAAACCCAGGACAGCUUGAAUGCUCCUGUAGCCGUUGCUGCCCAGCCUUCCUCCCAGACUUUCCCCGCGUCGUUGUCAUCAAAAACCAGUGCAAUACAGCAGAAACCGACUGCCUACGUGAGGCCAAUGGAUGGUCAAGAUCAAGCUCCGGAGGAAUCGCCGGAGCUCAAGCCGCUUCCUGAGGAAUACCACGAACAAUCCUAUGGGAAAAUAGCAAACGUAAAAACAAACGUCAAGCCCAACUUGCCCAGCUUGCCCAAACUGAAAAUACCUGUUGAAGCGACUGAGCAAUCGUUCUCCAAUGAAGUCCAUUGUGUUGAAGAAAUUUUAAAGGAAAUGACCCAUUCAUGGCCACCUCCUUUGACAGCCAUCCAUACUCCUAGCACAGCUGAGCCUUCAAAGUUUCCUUUCCCUGCAAAGGAAACCCAGCAUGGUGGAUCAGUCAUACAGAGCCAGAAGCAGUAUGAUGCACCUUCUAAGACGUCUAUUUCUCAGCAAGGAAAAUCAAUGCUACAUGAAGAUCUUGAGAUCAGCGAUAGUGACGAGGGUGACGAUGACCAAGUCAGUGUUUCUGAUAAGCCGUCUUCCUCAUCCACUCCUCCAAGUGCCCCACAAUCACAGCCUGAGAGUGUGGCAUUGGGACAUUCCAGCAGUCCUGAGUCUGGGAGCACAAGCGACUCAGACAGUUCCUCUGACUCUGAGAGUGAGAGCAGCUCCAGCGAAAGUGAAGCAAAUGAUCCCCCAACAAGAGCAUCCACACCUGAGCCCGAUCCACAGACAUCCAACAGAUGGCAGCUGAACAACUGGCUGAUCAAGGUGAACCAGCCGGUAUCUCCCACCGAGAAUUUCCUUGAGGAUGACCGCAGCAGGGGGAGUCUCCAGGAAGGCAAGGGGCAAGGGAAAACUUGCAGCGGCAGCAGCAAAAGGGAAUGCUCGCAACCGACAGAUGGACACUCAAAAACUGCCAGCAAAGCACCUCGGUCAGCUCAAGAGGUACACCUCCCUACCAAGCGCAGCUACCAGAAGUCUCCAGUGCACACAGAGGAACCCCAAUUCCACCAAGUCGUGGGCAGUAAGCAGCCCAGGAAGUCCAGCAAAGUCGCAGCACCGGAGGAACCGAAGAGAGGCCUGACGGUAGAGAGCGAGCCGCCCGGUCUGUAUGGUGCGAAGGACCAGUCUUCCAAAGACAAGCCCAAGGUGAAAACGAAAGGGCGGCUGAAGUUUGGUGACAAGAAGGAACUGAAGCUGGCAGUGCCAGAGCCCGCCGAGAAGAAAAAGCACAAGGGCUUGCACCAGGCCACUGUUAAAUUGUUCUCGGACCGGGGUGCUGCAAAAGACAGUGCAGUUGGCAGUGCCCUGGAGCUGUUGCCCCUCAGCCCUUUGAGCCAGAGCCCCAGGGUUCCCGCCACCAGCAGAACUAGCGGCACGAAACCAGCUGUUGUGGUAAGAGAGGACAAGGACAAGUUUCUCUUGCCUAUCAGGGAUAAGAAGUUGCUGUCGCCCUUGAGGGAUUGCCCGGUCCCUCCGUCGCUUGUGGUUAAAAUUGAGCUCGCUCUCCUCUCGCGGGUCCCACAUCCACCCAGGAAGGGGGGGGACUGCCCCAAAAGACUGGAGGUCAGAGAGAGCCACAGCGUGAAGAAGCAGGACGCGGACAAGAGGAGUGCGGAUGCACCAAGCAAGUCUGUCAAAAAGAGAAAGCAGGAAGAUUCUCUGAGAAACGAUCAGAAAAAAGUCAAGAUGGACAGGGAAACCAAAUCACCCCCGUUAUCAGGUCACAAAGAUUCCAGUAAAAACAAAUUAAAUCUGAGGCACCUAGUAGAUCCCAAGGCUUGCUGGAUUUCAAAGCCAUCAGUAGAGACACAAAGAAAAGAGAUACCACUGCCGCCACCGCUGCCGCCUCCACCACCGCUGCUACCGUCGUCUCCUGCGCAAAAACCAGCCAAGAUGGCCCAGAAGAGGCCAAAGAAUGAAAGCGGUGCCUGCAGCCAGCCUCCUGGUCUCAGUAUCAGCACUGCCAAGAGCAAGGAAAGCCACAAGGAUUCUUCAUCCUCCAAGCACAGGAAACUGGAGGGGAAGCCUUCCGAAAGCUCAAAAAGCAACAAAAGAUCUGCAGAUGAUGUUCCAAAUCCUUUCCCAGUGCCUUCUUUGCCAAAUGGUACCUCCAAGCCAACAAAACCUCAGGGCAAGCCGCACAAACAACAUCCAGUGGAAUUUCACUUAAACGAGGCCAAAAGGUUGAGGCACAAAGCCGACACAAUGACAGAUGACAUUGGCAAGGCCUUCAAGUACUUGGAUGCUGCCCUAUCCUUGAUUGAGUGUGGCAUUGCCAUGGAAUCUGAUCCUCUCUCACCAAAGCCAGCCUACAGCAUGUUCGCAGAGACCAUAGACCUCAUCAAAUUCAUAAUGACAUUAAAAUACUUUGCGGACUCUUCAACAAACACGCAUGAAAAAAUCUUCAUUGUUUUUUGCAUGCGCUGCCAAGCCAUUCUGUACAUGGCGAUGUUUCGCUACAAGAAGGACACAGCAAUAAAGUAUUCCCGGACCCUUAUUGAACACUUCAAGAGUUCUUCUAGAAUUACACAAGCACCUUCUCCGUGUGUUGCCAGGAGUAUAGGCACACCAUCCCCUCUUUCCCCGAUGCCCUCUCCAGCCGGCUCUGUGAGCUCCCAGACAGGUUCCAGCGGCAGCAGCUGUGGAAGUGGAAGCAUUGGCUCCUCGGUCAACGUUCCUCACUUUAUCCCAACCAUCACUUCUUCCUUUGUUGGCAUCACUUCUUAUAUUCUCUAUGCCUACGAUUUCUGGGAACAAGCUGAUGUUUUGGCCAGGAAGAAUAAGAAGUUUUUCUCCGAGCUCAGUGCUGCUGCCUGCCCUCUCUCGCUGAACAGCAGUAUGAUCGAACUGGUACACUACACCCGCCAGGGUUUGCAGUGGCUGAGACUGCAACCAAGCACGCCUUAACUGGUGCUUCGAGGCCGGAGACCCUUGCCUUGGACUCUUUGCACUUUGAAAAGCCUCCGAAAGCAGCCUGGUUGGCUGGCUUGUUGGGAUUUAUAAGCGCCUGGAACAAGGAAGGAUGGAGCUUGGUGGAAGGGGAUCUGGCGCCACUGGAAAACUUUAAGGACUAUAUUUGCUACGGUGCCAAUAGGCCACCUGGAAGAUGAGAAGAGGCCUCAAAAGUGGAGAAUGCCUUUCUUUCUUUUUUUUUCAAAGGACAAAGUGCAAUGUUCUCUUUUUUCAUUUCUCUUUUUCCCGUCAUGGUUCAAUGUGUCAAUGGUCUAUAAACAUUUCGUUACAUGAAUAACCAGCAGGACAAAAAAAAAAAAGUACACACAUGAAGAAGUGCCGAUGAGAAGGAAAACCGUCUCCCAAAGAAAUUUCUGCAACACCUCAAAGGAUGCAACGUCCAUGGGCCCAGCAUAGUCUUCAGAUUUGUUUGCCUCUCUUCUCCCCCCCCCCCUUCUUUAAAAUGUAAACCACAAAAUGCAAUCUGUAGCAUGUGUUCUUGUUCCUGGAGGGCGGGAUGGACAGAGACUCACAAAGGAAGUGGGGUGACCCAGCAGCACGAGCCCACCUUCUUUUAAAUACAAAAUGGCAAAGCUAUCUUCCUCCUUCCCCCCCUCUCUCCACUUGCCAGCCAUAGCUAUUUGUUGCACUACUACCCUCCCCCCCCCCUUUGAUGGGUGGGCUUGUAGCCCGUGUCAGACAUAUUCAGAUUCUGUAGCUGGCCUGCCCAGCCCCUGCCUCUUCCCUGCCAGUCCCAGCUCUCGUGGUUUUGUGGUAUUGCGGCCAUGCGUGUGGGGCAUUGACAAUCUCGUAUGGGAAACAGGAAAUCUGGGACUGCGUUGUCAGAAGCCUCUUGUGAAUAGAGGAUGCACAGUGUAGGUGUGUUUACCCCCUCCCUACGGGGUGGCAAGGUGGGGUGUGUGGGCUGGCUUCCCCUCCCCAUCAAAUUUAGUUGAGCAAUACUGCACUAAUGAAUUGAACUGGAAUUGCUUGCAACCACUGUCUUCAGUACUUUAAAAAUACCGUUCUUUCAGUUCCCCUGUAGUCCAUACAGUGGACACACUUGACGUUUCAGCAGAGGGGUUUGGUCUUGGUCUUACAGGGCAAGCACAGUUCAUGGUGGCUCUUUUGCACAAGCAGGAAUCUGAGGAGUCCCUGGCUAACACAGGAGAAGAGGAGUUGGGCAGUCAGGAGGGCUCAUACUGGCUGUAGCAAGAUUAUUUUUCAGUUUUGGAUCCUUAAAGCAGGAGGAACUUCAUAGCACACCAUUUCACUUCAUGGUCUCCGAAAUGGCUGCUUUGGUUUUUGUUUGCACUGGUUAUUGAUGCCCAACUUCCAUUUCUACUGGCGAGUACGACACCUGACCGUAAGAUUUGGCAUAACCCCUUCCUUUUAAAUAUCUCCAUUUCCUCAACGGUAACCUAUUGUUUUGGCCAACUUUCAAUCCCUAGCCAUGUUCAAGGACAGUAAAUGACAAUUGUCUUAGAUUUGCAAGCAUAUCCUCGUGUGUCUUUAUAAAAUUCCCAAUUGAAGAGAGGGGCUUCAGGACUGUAGCACCUCUGGCCUAUUUACUGCUCUCUGUUUAGUCUAACUCAUUAAAGACCCAUUUUUCUGUUCUCCUUCCAACUUGUGCCUUAACUGUCCCAUUUGCUCCUGUCACCACCUGGCUUUAUGACAGAGCAGUGGGAAUCUCUUCCAAAUAAACUGUGCUUGAGUGCGGCAUCACAGUUUCCUUUACAGCUGACUCCUGAUAAUAAAAUGUCAGUCUGACAUUCUUACAUGUUUGUCCCAUAUAAAACUGCCCUGCAGCAUUGAAGCAGUAUUCCUGUUUAGAAGGACCUGUUAUGUACUUGUAGGGUUUGCUAAAAUGUCAUAGCUUCUGUGAUUCAAUAGUAGGGUGUAUUCCUGCAGCUCCUCUGGGAACACAGCCCUGCAAAAGGUCAGCACGAGGAAGCUGGUCUCAUGGAAAGUUGAAGCCUUAGUUGAUUUCAGGGAAAAGCCACUUUCUCCAAUGGGGAGCAAGUUCCAUAUUUUCAUCCCAAUGUAAUGUUGUUCCUUAGGGUUGAACUAGACUUGGGGAAGACAGCCAGGAUCUUCAUUGAAGUGCAGCAAAAUAGUCCAUGGAGGGCACAACUUGUCUGGCACCCUGCUUUCUUGGUGCAAUGCAGCCGGAGGAAGGAAGGGUUUAGCAGUGUUCCAUGCCUGCCCCACCGUGGCUCUUGACACCCCCCUGCCCCUCCUCUGCUUUGGGGCUGCUGGGCAGACUCAGGUCACCAAAUUCCAGAGCUUCUGUUGCAUGCUUAGCUCCUUACACGAGCAGGUUCCAAUCAGAAAUGAUGUGGAAAAGGAAAACAAGGCAAGGGAAAAGCAAAUCCAAAUAUCAGGUGGUUGCCCUUUCCUGGAAAAGGACACACAAAGCAAUUAUGGUUGCGCCCAGGUGUCUUCUCAUAGUAAGCUCUUGGGUCCGGCCAAGAAGCAAAUGCACACUAAACUCGUUUUGUUUCUCUUUUCCAAAUCAUGUCCCUCUCUUCUGACUGGUUGAUAGCUGUAGUCUCAGGACAGGCUUUCUCUUCCUUUCUCUGCUCCCCUCCUCCCCACUCCUGGCCAAAUGGCAUCCGACUCAGCCAGCCGCUGUUUGCCUUGCUGCUGCUUUUGCUCUGUUAAAACACACCCUGAGCUUAAGAAUCCCCGGUUGUGAAGGGACCCACUUUUUGACCUGCUUGUUGAGCACUUUAUCCAAGGGGUAGUGAUAAUUGGUUCCUGUUCAAUCCAUUUAUGCUGCUGACUUUAUAUUACUGUUUGCUGGGUGAUGCAAAGAUGAGCAGCAAAGAACAUAGGCUUUUUCCUCCUCCUUCAACCAACCAAUGAACAGAAAGAUUCCAAUCUGAUUUGGUCCAGGAAUGUCCUAUUCCAAAACCAAACAGGAGCACAGCUUCCUUCUUAACGCUCAUAGAAGCUAAGCUGAAUUACGUGUGACAUGUUCUGCAAUUUCUUUUUAUUUUACAUGCAGUUGCAAAGAAGCAGUUGGUCUGUGGGGAAUCAUGCUUAGGAAGCUUAUAACCUCUUGACUUUUUUUUUAAAUUAAAGAUGAAUUGAAGAAUCAGAGAAAAUGUCAUUUCACCCCCUUUCCAGACUCUGGUACCCCAGAUGUUGAUGGAACUGCCAUUGAUUUCAGCCAGGGCCUGGGGCCCAGCCUUUCUAAGGAGCAAGAAGUAAAUUUGUUUUGCCGUUUUAAACACAGGUCAAUGGAGCUGUAUACUUAAAGCAGCCUCCUUUCCCAGAUGAUAUUUAUUUAGAAUUAUAAUUAAUGUAUUUAAAUUGCCAAUGUUCUAUAUGUCUAAGAUACCAUUAUUUAAUAAUUUGAAAGUUCCAUUGACACUGGAGAUGUGGACUGAAAGAUUGAUGACAAUUUUAUUUUUAAAGGGCGGUAUCUCUUGCCCCCCCUUUAGUUUCUUUAUAUAUAAAAAAGAACUCUACAUUAAAAUUUAUUAUAGGGUGUUGUCUCUCCCAUUUGUAAAUAACAUUUUCUGCCCUGUAUAUUGGUGAUAUUUCCAGGUUGAUUUGUUAAAUUCAUGUGGGGUAAUAAAAUAAAUAUUAAAUGAAACAGCA